AUGGCUUAUAUAGGCACAACCAGACGGAAAAGACCUCGAUCUAGCUCUCUGGAGAAGCAGCGCGACAAGCCCACCAUCACAGAAGUCUCGGACUCUACUGCGCCUGUCGAGAGCGCCGAUGGCAGGACAGAGCUGGAAGCGAGCACGACUCUGGUUUCGAGUGCUAGUGCUGCCAAUGGAAGCCCGACACCAACGUCUGCCAGUUUCAAGUCGGGGCCUGUCGGUGGCUAUCCUCUGACACCUGUUGCUACGCCGCUCGAUGUACGCACUUUGGCCUUUAUCAUGCAUCCUUCUCACGAGACAGCCAUAACCCUCUCCAAUAUGGAGUUUGUGUCUUCCAGCAAGUCGAGCACCACACUAGACAACAUAGACCGGCUCGCGCAAGCGUGUGCCUUGCUCAAAGUCCCAGCAAAUGCUCUUCAGUCGUAUUUAGACCUCUACUUCGACAAUAUGACAUCCUUUUCGCUUUUCCAUCGACCUACCUUUGCGGCCAAGUUGUGCGCCAUCGACUCGGUAGAGCAGCUUGCAGCGUUGCUUGCGUCGAUCUUCUCAUUUUCAGCGCGCUAUAGAUUCAUCUCGGAUCAGGGCGCCGCUGACUUGGACGACGGUCUCGGUCCACUACUUCCGCCCAAACAUUUCGAGGACAUGGCUCUACGAUAUGUCGAUCAAGCACUGGCCGAGUACUCGGAUCGCUCACCGCCGCUGUGUGUCUUACAAGCUCUCGUCCUCAACACAUUCAGCCAGCUAAUCAAAGGGGUCCGGGGUGCAGCUUGGCGGCGGCUGGGGAUCUGCGUUCGUGUCGCAUACGAGCUUGACCUCCAUCACGUCGACCGAGAUAACACGCCCGAACAGCAAGACCCAGAUAUCUGGUGCCGGAUAGAGGAGUGCAGGCGCGCCUGGUGGGCAAUCUGGGAAAUGGACAACUUUGCCAGCCUCAUAAGGCGCUGUCCAACCGCUGUCGACGGCACUGAUAACGAGACACGCUUCCCAGUGGCGGACGAAGAGUGGUUCGCUCUGCGCUUCACCCCGAGUUGCUUUCUUGAGACGAAGCCAAUGGAGCGGUUAAAGGCUCUUCAACAAUGCAGUACCCAGAGCUCCAAGGCAUGGUUUCUCGUACUGGAUUCUCUCAUGCGCGAGGGCCAUCGACUCUCGAAAUUCAGAAGCCCGUGCCCUGGUAGGGGGACAUCGCCUCCUUCAGCCUGGUCUCCGUCCGACGAACCAUCAAAGGACAAUACGGAAAGUUUGCAGAUCCUUGCCAAUGCUCUGCGGUGCUUCAGCAUGGCUCUUCCAAAGCAUCUGCGCUACCGGGAUGGGUUUUUGUCCUUCACUGCUAAUGACCCAGCAAUACGGCAGCUGCAUAGCGCGAAGUACAGUAUCCAUGUAACCACUCAGCUCACGCGUAUGAUGAUCCAUCAUCAGGACGCGUACCAUGGUGCCCAGCAAGAUCUACAUCUUACCGGUCUUCAGGAGGGCCCGAACCAAGAUUCAGAUGCCACAUCAGAGAACGAGUCGCUGAGCCUGCGUCUCGGACCAGCCAGAGAGGGGAUGCAGCAGUUCAUCGAGGCUGCGGAUGAGCUGCUGCGCAUUGUGUCAUGGAGCUCAGAGGAGCAUGUCCGCUAUGUCAACCCGUUCCUAGCCAGCACCAUCUGGUACGGGGCGGUGGUUCAUCUGGGCUGGAAAGUGCUGGCACCACCAAGCACGAACCUCGACUGGGUCGAAUCCAAGUUUACCGUGCUACAUAUGAUCCUGAUGGAGUUCUCCGAGUUCUGGGACUUGCCCAAAACGCUCCAGGAGAAUCUGGCGUCAGUUGAAGGCAAAUUGCGCUUGUUCAAAACCCCCAAAGCUCGCCGGCCGUCUCACCCGAAUCAUGCCACCUGCGCGAAUAGAGAUAGGAACACAAUUUCAUCCACCAACAAUGUGCAGUCCACGAUUUCGAGAGAUCGUCAUGUCGGUGGCCACUUCCCAGCUGCACAAUCAUCUAUGGCUCAUAACCCCGCCAUUGACGCCGGUUGCCCCCCAAAUUGUAACCAGGACGACAGUCACUCUGUGGGUGCCCAGCAAUUCCUGCCGGCUAGAUUGGACAUGAAUCCUGACGGUAGAGCCACGGCUUCUAACGGCAGUGGUCGGGAAAGUCGCUAUGCUUCUAUCGACGAGGUCGCCGUUGCAGCAGCGAUGGGUGGUAUGGGAACCAAGGACUGUGACGGCCACAAUGACCAAUACACCUUUGACGAGUCCUGCCUAUCGAGCACUGACAUGUUGAAUGGGGACGGCAACUAUGGUGAGCAAGCCACAAACAACUAUCAGACUCGCGGACUAUGGGACGACUUGACGUGGGAUCUGGACUUCGCAAUGGAUCCUAGGAGUUUGUUUCGAGGUAUCAUGGAUUAUAAUAACUGA